AUGUUGGGGAACAGUAUUGGUGACAUGGUCAAAUGUUGGGAGGCUAUGAAUGACAACUUAAUGUUACAAUUGAGUAAUAUUAGAGCUUCUUUUCAAAAGAGUUUUUAUGAAGUUGAGCACGCCCACGUAACUCCAUUUUACAAUAAUUUACGUGGUUCAGUGUCUCGAGAUGCAUUGAGACGUAUUGCUGAAGAGUUAAAACGAGUUGAUUAUGUUGGAACUAACAAGGAAAUAUGUCAUUGUACUCUUAGAACAACCUACGGAUUACCUUGUGCUUGUGAGUUGACAGGAUAUAGAAUUGAUGGUUUACCGAUGCCAAUAGAUGUUGUACAUGUUCAUUGGAGAAAACUAAGUAUGGAAGUUAAGUUGGACGAAGAUGUAGAUGAUGGAUCAGAAGUGGAUAUGAGUAGUGCAAUAGAUGAGUCAUUGGAAAAGGUUUAA